GCUGUUCUACAUUAAUGAGCAGGAUCGCUGAAUUGAAACAUUUCGUCGUUUCAUGUCAUUCGGUCAGAUUUAAGGAACUACAACCUAAACCAUUUCAGAACUAUCAUUUGGAAACGGGUUUAACAAUGGUAAUCUUUCCGUCGCUGGUUAGCUUCUCUUUUUUUCUUCUGCACGUCGCGCAUGGAGAACAGAGUUAUUCCUUUCCAGAGGAGAUGAAACGAGGAUCAGUUAUUGGGAAUAUUGCGAAGGAUUUCGGGCUGCAGACAGGAGCGCUGUCCACCAGAAGAGCCCGAAUUGACACCGAGGAGAGUGAUAAACGUUACUGUGACAUAAACGUGAGAAACGGAGCGCUGAUGGUGACCGAGAGGAUUGAUCGUGAAGGCCUUUGUGACAAAAAGGCUUCAUGUAUCCUAAAACAGGAGCUCGUCUUGGAGGAUCCUCUGGAGCUGCAUCGGAUUAGCCUUCAUAUUCAAGAUAUUAAUGAUAACUCACCAGUAUUUAAGGAUGUAAAAAUAGACUUAGAAAUAAGAGAAUCGGCAGUAAGAGGAGCUCGCUUUUUAAUAGAGGAGGCUCACGAUGCGGAUGUAGGACAAAAUUCAGUUCAGCAGUAUAGCCUAGAAAAGAACGAAAAUUUCAUUCUAGCUGCUAAUGGAAACACAGUGGAACUUGUUUUGGAUAAAGAACUUGAUCGAGAAAAACAAAAGGAAAUUAAUUUACUCCUCACAGCUUUAGAUGGCGGAUCUCCUCAGAGAUCAGGUACAGUGGUCAUACAUGUAACUGUACUGGAUGCUAAUGAUAACGCCCCAGUGUUUAGCCAGGCCGUUUAUAAAGCCAGUCUGCCUGAAAACUCUCCUAUAGGUACAGUAGUGAUAACAGUGAGCGCAACUGAUGCAGAUGAAGGAGUGAAUGGAGAUGUGACCUAUGAUUUUGGACAUGUUACUGAUGAAGUGAUGAAAAUAUUCAGCAUAGAUAGCAAAACAGGGGAAAUAAGUGUAAUGGAUAUUGUAGACUAUGAAGUAAAAAGAUUAUAUGAAAUACGUGUUAAAGCGAAAGACGGUUUGGGUUUGUCAUCUUAUUCUCAGGUCAUCAUUUCUAUAACUGAUGUGAAUGACAACGCCCCUGUAGUUAGUCUGAAAUCAGUGACCAAUCCCAUACCAGAAGACACUCCAGCUGGUACAGAGGUUGGCAUCAUUAAUGUACAGGACAGAGACUCUGAGAAUAACCGACAGGUUCGCUGCUCCAUCCAGGAAAAUGUCCCUUUUAAGUUGGUUCCUUCUAUCAAAAACUAUUAUUCUCUGGUGACCACAGGACAACUGGACCGUGAACUAGUAUAUGAUUACAACAUUACAAUCACUGCCACUGAUGAGGGCUCUCCACCUCUGUCCUCCUCUAAAACUAUUCAGUUAUCUGUAGCUGACAUCAAUGACAACCCACCUGUGUUUGAGGAACAGUCCUACAGCGCAUAUGUGAGUGAAAAUAACAAACCUGGCUCCUCUUUAUGUACUGUUUCUGCUCGAGAUCCUGACUGGAGACAAAACGGUACAGUGAUUUAUUCUCUGUUAUCUGGUGAGGUGAACGGUGCCUCGGUGUCCUCCUAUCUAUCUGUUAAUGGAGACACAGGAGUGAUCCAUGCUGUGAGGUCAUUUGAUUAUGAACAGUUCAGGAGCUUUAAAGUCCAAGUGAUGGCCAGAGACAAUGGUUCUCCUCCACUCAGCAGCAAUGUGACUGUCAGUGUAUUCAUAUCUGAUGUGAAUGACAACUCUCCUCAGAUACUAUAUCCAGCACCAGAGGGCAGCUCCUUCAUGACUGAGUUGGUCCCCAAAGCUGCACAUGGAGGGUCUCUGGUGUCCAAAGUGAUAGCAGUGGACGCAGACUCUGGACAGAACGCCUGGCUGUCCUAUCAUAUAGUCAAAUCCACAGAUCCUGGACUUUUCAGUAUUGAUCUACACAGUGGAGAGAUCAGGACACAGCGAGACAUUUCAGAAUCUGACAGCAUGAAACAGAACCUGAUUGUUGCAGUGAAAGAUAAUGGACAGCCCUCUCUGUCUGCCACCUGUUCAAUGUUUUUACUUAUUUCUGACAACUUGGCUGAAGUGCCAGAACUGAAAGACAUUUCUUAUGAUGAGAAAAACUCCAAGUUGACCUCUUAUCUGAUCAUUGCGCUGGUUUCUGUUUCCACCUUCUUUCUGACCUUCAUCAUCAUCAUCCUUGGUGUGAGAUUUUGUCGUAGGAGAAAGCCCAGACUGUUGUUUGAUGGAGCAGUAGCCAUCCCCGGAGCUUAUCUUCCUCCAAAUUAUUCAGAUGUUGACGGUACAGGAACUUUACGCAGCACCUAUAAUUAUGAUGCCUACCUGACAACAGGAUCCAGAACCAGUGACUUUAAGUUUGUAUCAUCUUACAAUGACAACACGCUGCCUGCUGACCAGACUCUGAAGAAAAGUCCAACAGAUUUUGCUGAUGUGUUUGGAGUCUGUGAUGAUUCCCCAGAGGUAUGA